UCAGUUCUUCGGGUUCUGUUGAACGCUGCGGUCGCAUUGAUCUUGGUCGCUCGCUACUAUUUUACCAGCUUCUGCAUUCUCGUCGUUCUUCGCGGGCGGCGCUGCGCAUGCGAAAGAAGGGCGUGUAAAGAAAUUGCAAGUGCAAUCGCAAGGCGUAGUUUAAAGAAUAACGGAAUUAUAAAACAAAAUAAUCAACAAUAGUAUUUAAGCUAGCUCAUCAAAGUGCUGCAUAAAAAUAGUAACGCAAUUUAAGGCAGUUCAAGUAGUGCAAAUAUUUAAAAAAAUUCGAAAAGUUUCUGUUUGGUUUUUGUGCGCUGACAGCAAUAUUUAACCGAUAUUUUAACUUUUCACUUGCGCAAUUUCCAUUUUACCCGCCUCUGACGAAAAUCAGAUUUUUUGUUUAUUUUACAUUAUCGAUUGCCGGGUUCUCAUUUACGCAACUUGGCUACCAACGGCGACGCUUAUCAGCCAGGCAAAGGCAGCGUUCGAUGGCCACUAAGCCAGGGUAAAUAGAAUUCCGAGACCCGAGUCCAUUAGCGUAUGCCCAAAAAAGGCAUAUUUCUUCGUUAUUGCAUUUUAAAUAUUUGGACUGCUCAACUGAUAAAAAUAUGCCCACACGCAUCGGCAGCAAGGUGCAGUAGAGCCACACCCACGCUUCCGCCCACCAUGAGUAGUCUGCGGCCCGCAAAUGUCUGCGACACGACACCGCUGCAGCGCUUUGAGAGCCAAAGCAGCAGCGGCGAGGAGCCAUCUUCGCCAACCGCGGCGAGCAUUAUAGCAGCCGCAGCAGCAGCAGCAGCGUCCACCUCCAACUCCCCACAUCGACACCAACACCAACACUCCCCCCACAACAACAACAACAAUAUCAACAACAAUGUAAAAGUUGAUUUACAGCUGCCACCGUUUGUUGGGGCUGCGGCGGGGGCAAUGGGUGGAGUGGGCGGAGGCGGCACUGGAACGAUUGUCACAAUGCCGCGUGCUCACGGCACAGCUCACAUCUUUGGACGGAUCGUCAUGGACCUGAGCCUGCUCAGCUGCGUUGGCUUGACUAUGUUGGCCUUCUCGUUGUGGUGUGAACCGAUCAGGCGCGGAUUCUUCUGCGGUGAUCUCUCUUUGAUGCAUCCCUACAAGGAAUCAACUAUACGCAGCUGGAUGCUGUAUCUGAUGUGUGCAGCGCUGCCCGUUUCUGUGAUUUUACUGGUUGAAUUCUACAGGGCGCAGGACAAGCCCAAGUAUGCCCACGGCCAGAUUUGCAGCGGCUACUAUCUGUGCCACAUGGAGCUACCGCAAUGGGUGCUGCAAUGCUAUCGCAAGAUUGGCGCCUUUGUGUUCGGCCUGGGCGUGGAGCAGCUCACCACGGACAUAGCCAAGUAUGCCAUUGGUCGACUGCGGCCGCACUUCUUUGCCCUCUGCCAGCCAAUGCUCCGUGACGGCACCAACUGCAAUGAUGCCAUCAAUGCAGGUCGCUAUAUCGAGGACUUUCAGUGCACGGCCUCCAGCAUGAGCGCCAAGAGAUUGAAGGACAUGCAUCUCUCCUUCCCCAGUGGCCAUGCCAGCUUUGCAUGUUACUCCAUGGUCUACCUGGUGAUCUAUUUGCAGCGUCGCAUGCACUGGUCGCGCCUCAAAAUGUUGCGCCACCUGUUGCAGUUCCUGCUGCUCAUGUUCGCCUGGUACACGGCGCUGACGCGCGUCUCCGACUACAAGCACCACUGGUCGGAUGUGCUGGCCGGUGGCGCCAUUGGCCUCACCUACGCCCUGGUGGUGACGUCGAUCAUUUGGUAGACUGGAACAUCUCUCAUCGAAACCCACCGCCUUCGGUCUUUGCUUUCAAAUUCUUCGUGCACAGAUUUGGGAAAUUUUUAGCCAUCGUCUCUAUUUGUACAACUAUUUAAUCAGCUAUAUCAACUAAUGUACAUAUGCUACUUAUGUACAAUGUACACUGUCUUUGUGUGUGUUUGACUUUAGUUUUACUUAAUAAAAUUUUGGUAGUGUAUGUGUGUCCAAAA